UGGUGCCUUGUUUUUAUAUAUACACUCAAGAAGAGCCAUCCUCAAAGAAUCUUACUUCUUUAUGUUCAAAAUACUCAUCACUUUCCAUUGCAAAAGAAGGAAAUAAUGACAAGGAUCAUGUACAAGAUGAAACUUGGGCAGAGGAAGCAUAUGAAUAUGAUAAAGCUUUGACUGCUGACAGGACAUACCUUAAGUUCAAGAAACGGUUGGAUGCAUAUCCAGAACAAUGUUUCAGAUAUUCAUAUGGCGGAAAGCCACUCCUGGCUUCAUCAGCUGAAGGAGACCCUGGGAAAUGCAGGCUGUGUGGUGGAUCAAGGCAGUAUGAAAUGCAGCUAAUGCCUCCGGUAUUAUACUUUGUACAAGAAGCAGCUGAUGAUUGUCAGAGACCAUCAUUGGAGAACUGGAAUUGGAUGACACUUAUGGUAUAUACUUGUUCCAAGAGCUGUUCUCAACAUGAUGAAGGAAAGUCCAGGAAGGGGAACUGGCUUGCGACAGAGGAAGCUGUUGUGGUGCAAGUAGAGAAAUCUUUUCAUGGGUUAGCCGAACGUGGCUAUUUGUCAUAAUCGGUGCAGUUUCUUCUAGGAAAGAAGGAAAGAACAGUACAUUCUAUAUGCCAGUGAACAUUGUAGCUCUUCAAAGUUAGUAUACAUAUAACAGGGCGUAAGAGGCUUUGUUUCCUGGUUAUUGAUGGUAGUUUCUCUGUAGAAUUGACAGAGUACGAGUUCUGGUUGUUGUGGUAACGUUUGAAGAAUUUUUAAAUUGUA